UUCGGCUUCCGGUACAGGAAUACCUUCCAGUCUUUCUACUUUUCACACACUCAUUUUCAACACACGUAUCUUGAGUCUGAGACUCGAUUCCCUUCCUUAUCUACAAUCCGUUCUUUUGCUAGCUUACGGUCUAGAACUGAGAUCCGAACGGAAAAAAACAUCAACUUGAAAUACCAUGCUAUCCACUAUAUUUGCUCUCACGGCUAGCUUGGCCGCUACUGCUUCCGCGUUCGAUUGCCAUGGUGACUAUUUCAGCUUCUUCAACCGUGGAGAUGCUUUGAGUUACCAACGUCUCGAUCCUGCUCUAUUCCCGGGAACACAGAGCGCACAUCUCCACUCUUUCGACGGGGGAAACGCACUGGCUGCAUCCACCGAUUUUGAGCAGACUCAGACCUCCACAUGUACAACUGCUCGCAUCAAGCCUGACAAGAGCUUGUACUGGCGCCCAAGUUUGUUUUGGAAUGGCAAUAACACCGGGUUCUACCGAGUGCCUGAGAAACCGACGAAGAUUUACUACAAAUUCGGUGAUGGGGAUAAGUGGGCAAACGCCACAGGCUUCCCCGAGGGCUUUAACAUGAUAGCUGGGAACCCACUGAGGCGGUCUGAUGGUCCUAACCCUGGUGGUGUACGAUGGGCCUGUCACCAACCUGACGGUCGCAGUGCUCCUGUCUUUAGCAACGGCUUCCCUACUGGCUUCACUUCCUGCAAGUACGGCUUCGCCUCCGAGGUGACGUUCCCUAGCUGUUGGAAUGGCGAGAAGCUUGACCCUAAGAACCCUAGUGGUCAUAUGGCGUACCCAAGUGGACACAUUGGUAUUGGUAUCGAGAACUGCCCUACCACCCACCGAGCUGCACGCUUCCCGACUAUCUUCAUUGAGUUCUGGUACGACAUCUCGCCCUUUGAUGGCAAAUAUAGCGCCGACAAGUCUCCCUGGGCAAUCUCCAAUGGCGACCCGACCGGUUAUGGCUUCCACGCUGACUUCCUCAACGGGUGGGAGAAGGGUGUCCUCGAAAAAGCCAUUGCCAAAACAGGAGGCUGCAACUGCGGUUGUGGCUGCGGUCAAAAGGAGAUGGAGGAAUGCUUCGGUGCUGAGAACGUGAACAAUGACCGCGACGCGGCCUUUCAGAGCUGCUCCGCCAAAAGCUCUUUCGGUGAUGAGGACGCAGCACCAGUGCUCAAGGCCCUCCCUGGUUGCAAUCCUCUUCAAUCUGGGCCUGCCGAUGCUACUGUCGUCACUGGUCCCAGUUGUGCCGCAACCACUGCUCCUGCCCCGGGAGGUGACAAGACUUCCGCCUCUGCUCCUGAAGCUAGCAAGACUCCUGCUGAUGUUACCUCAUUCCCGGCUGUCACUCCCUCCGUGAAGAUGUCUAAGAAAGUAUCUCGGACGCCCACGGUCAACUCCAUCUCUAGUGGGGUUGUGAAAGAUGAUACCGAUGCCAAGCCACCACUUACCCUGAGCCUGCUCAACAAGCAAUACGAGCAUACACCGACGGCAAGCAAGAACGGAGUCAACCCAACCUCAACUACUGCUACCCCUAAGGACGACGCCCAACCAACUUCGUCUGCCACCUCUACACACAAAGUUCCAACGAAAAUUAACCUUCCAUCUUUGUCGCUGGCAUCCACACCCACGCCAGCAGACCGUACCGGCCCUCCAUUUACCAGUUCUCCUCCUGUAUAUGACAAGGAAAAGUGCAAGGCUCCCGUCUACAUCACUGUGACUCCCACAGUGUACGUUACUGCGGGCUUGAGCGCUACGUCCUGUGGUUCCGGUACGAUUUAUCAAACCGUUACUCAAACAGCUACUGUCACUGUGUUGGCGUAAGGUGGUGUGGACUCUGGUUUAUACUAAGCUAUCCUUCAUUUUCCGCCUAUUGAAGCGAGAGCGGGCUGCAUCCACCAAGCCUUUCUGUUGAUGUUC